GAAGCAUUAAGAACUGUCACUUGACACCUGUUUUAAAAUCGAGUACGGUUAGGCUAUCGUUCGUUAAUAAAUUUCACUGGUAUGCCGUUCGAGUAGCUAAGGAUUAAAAAUCAUCACGCAUAAAAAGAACAACACCUGCCAAGAAAGUCUUAUCCUCGUCAAUUUACGAUAACAUCACCUCAUGAACGAAUCCUUCAAAGAUUUAGGGAAACUACAUGCCUUUGAAUGCUGAUAUAAAUAUGGCACAAAUUGCAAAUUCGACUGCCUUAUCUGAUGUUACUUUGAUCAAUAAUAAUGUAUGUGCUGCAUCCACUUUGAGCAAUGAUCAUCAGAAAAGUACAUCACCUUGUAUACUUCUUCAAUGUCUAGUCUAUCUCGUAUUUCACUCGACUCCAGAGAUUCGCAUGAUGGUAAAAAUGUAACAGGUUACUGUGAUUACAUCGUAAUCACGUGGUUUUUGUUUACUCCACUUUGUUCAAGUAACGUUUGUUCUAUAAACGUUGACAGUGAUAUGAACGGCCAAAUUAAAUUUUUGGUAGACAAAAUGACGGUUCCACAAACUCAUCAAAUAGAAUUAAUAACACUGGCAGAAUUAGCAGGAAUUUCAGCAAUUCCCGGAGUUUAUCGUAUUAUACUGGAACUUUUGGAACUUCAAAUAUCACCAGAGGGCAUAUACAUUAUUUUGAAACAAAUAUAUCCACAAUCAUCAGACAAACAACAAGGUAUUAACAAUGUUGAAGAAGCACCUGAUGAAUUAACCACACAUUAAAGUGUAUCUUUCUAUAUUUGAUUGUUUAAAUUAAUUUAUAUCUUUUUUUUACGUCAUUACAUAAUUAUUAGAGAAAAUCAUUAAUUAUAAAUGAAUUAUAAAUAAAGUAUAAAAAUAAAUAAUAAUAUUUCUUA